AUGUCGGACAUCGAGGAGGACCUGGUCACGAAGAAGCUGAAAAUCGUCCUGGUCGGUGACUCGGGAUCGGGCAAAACGAGCAUCGCCCAGAAGUUUUGCAACAACGAGUUCACCAGGCAGUACGUACCGACGUCUGGCAUCGACUUCUUCCUCAAGAACAUCAGCGUCGGAUGCUACAAAAACGUUAACCUACAUUUAUGGGACGUCGGCGGACUCGCGUUACAUGGAAGCAUGCUGGACAAAUACGUGUUCGGUGCUCAUAUUAUUCUUUUAGUCUACGACGUCACGAACACCUCUAGCUUCGAGGUUCUAGAGGAAUGGCUAGAGAAAAUCAGAAAGUUGAGCAAUAUCUACGAAGAAGCUCCUGUGAUGGCUGUUAUUGGUAACAAAUGCGACAUGGAGCAUCAGAGGACGGUGAAGAAAGAUCGAACGCAUAGAUUCGCCGCGGAAAACGGAUUUCCGUCACACGACGUUUCCGCGAGAACCGGAGAAGCGGUUUCGUUGUGCAUUGUGACGUUAGCGGCGCAGAUUUUUGGUGUUCGAUUAACGAAAACGGAUCAGGAUUAUCAUAAGCCUAUAAUAAUCGCGGAAAUAGGUGACACGGUUGAUAUGAACACGGUUCAGAAAGUUGUGAAGAGAAUUCCUACGAAGAAACAAACCCAGAUUCCAUUUUAUCCCCAUUUUCCUAGCUCUAAAUCAGCAGUGUGCGUGUUACAAUGA